CGUACUGUGUUUUCCCCCAGGUGAAACAACACAACGACGGUACAACACAAAAGUCACUCACGUUCCAGUGAGCGAAUUUCGCACCACUUUGCGAUGCUAUAAAAGAGUGCUCCAUAAUAGGGAGACGUGGCGUGUAAUGGAGGAGAUUCGCGUUUUCUGUGCUCCCGUUGCGAUAGCAACCUCACAAGAAGAACAAACAAAAAAACAAGGUGCCCCCCAAAAAUUAUCCUGCUUCUGUUGGGUAUUUUGGAAAAUUCGUGUCAACUCAGAUGGAAUUGGGAGAGGACAGUGCAGUGCUAUCAGGAUGGUUGGCAAUGAAAAUAUUCAUCGCUUUCGCGAAAUGUCACGAGCUUCAACGCUUUUCGACACGAAAUGAUCCCACGAUAAGGACGAACGGCAAAAGCCCGAGGAAAAAAGCAACGAUCGAGAAGAAAAUGCUUUCGUCGCCUACGAUGGCCCUUUUACAAGUGGCCUCCUUUAACGUGCCAUUCGAAGCUCGAAUUCAAAGCUUGUUUUACACCAGCGAACCGGUGGAGGUGGAAAGCGGUAUAACUUUACGACUCCCAGCGAAGAUUUUCGUGGUCUCGAAUGCUAGGCCGUUCCGCACCGAAUGGCUGCGAGAGAAGUCAAAAAGUACGAUUUGCGAUUCUUCCAGCGAACGGAUUUUACUGCUGAUGCUGUUUCGCUGGCAUCCACCAUUGGUAACGACGCGGCGGACGGUGCAGGGAAUCGCUCCGUCAUGGGAGGGAUUGUGAAAAGAAAUGAUGAAUUUAAAUUUCCUUGAAUCUUACUGUGAGGUCGAGGUAAAAAUUGGAGAAAGGAUUAAGUCCACUGUAGUGCUGCUUUACUCAAAGGGCGUUAUACAUUCCGCAGUUGUUUGAAAGCUUUGAAGCAAGCGAAACAAAGCUUAAAAUUAAGUUUUACAGCAUCCGAUAUGACUAAAACCUAAUAGAAAU